UUCUAAUGCGGAAGUGGACGUCAUCGUAAAAACUGUCACUUGGAAGUGGUUGGAAGGGGCUGUGAAUGCGCUGAAAUUAGAUUAGUUUUAAUGAAUAGAGCAGCUUAUGGCUGCAUAGCGCGAAUGAAUGAAGCGUUUGUCGUUAAUAGUGACUCUUUCUCGGCGGUUUUGUAAAUCCAUUUGUGCUUCCUGAAGCUCAUAUCACUUAAUUCAUUGCAUGCCUCAGAGCCAAACUGGCAGUAAAAGGAGAAAUCCAUCUGGGGCUGCGUGGAAAAAAACCGCCGAGAUGACGCGUUAAUACAACCGUCCGUGUAACUUAAGCAGUGAUUUAGUUACUUCUCUUUUUCAGUGUGGUUUGAGUCGUCAGGCCGCCACAUAUACAUUUAAUCAGCUGUUUUCAGGCAGGAUCAAGCCAAAAAAUGUCGUGGAUACGGGAAGGUGAAUUAAACUUCUUUCAGAAGCUAACGGCCAGUGUCCUGAAGGAAGGACCUAUACCAAAGCAUGUGGCCUUCAUUAUGGAUGGAAACCGUCGCUUUGCACAGAAGAACAACUUAGAACGUGAGGAAGGACACAUGCAGGGCUUUAACAAGCUUGCAGAGACACUACGCUGGUGCAAACAUCUGAACAUACAGGAGGUAACAGUGUAUGCCUUCAGCAUUGAGAACUUCAAGCGCACUAAAGAUGAAGUGGAAGGGUUGAUGGAGCUGGCUAGACAGAAGUUUGUCAGACUCUUGGAGGAAAUGGACAAGCUUGAGAGCCAUGGAGUGUGUAUCCGAGUGCUGGGUGAUUUGAACAUGCUGCCACUUGACCUUCAGCAGCUUAUUGCUGAAUCUGUUGUCCGAACCAGGAAUCACAAUAAAUGUUUCCUGAAUGUGUGUUUUGCCUACACAUCUAGGCAUGAAAUUGCCAACGCAAUCAGAGAAAUGGCUUGGGGAGUGGAGAAAGGCCUAAUCAGACCAAGUGAUGUUUCCGAAGCGUUACUUAGCGAAUGUCUGUACACCAAUAAUUCCCCCAAUCCUGACCUGCUCAUUCGAACCUCUGGAGAGGUGCGUCUCAGUGACUUCCUCCUUUGGCAGACCUCACACUCAUGUGUAGUCUUUCAGUCUGUUCUGUGGCCCGAGUAUUCGUUUUGGAACUUUUGUCAAGCUAUUAUCGAAUAUCAGUUAAAUCACAGUUCCAUCCAGAGAGCCAGAGAGCUUCAUCAAGAGCGCCAGGCCUUAGCACAGCUUGAGGCAGAACGUGCAUGUGUAGCACAGCAAAUGCAGCACCAUGGGAAUGGAAAGCCCGCCGACACCCAAAGACAACAAGAAGCACUGCAGCAGUACAUCGUCUGUCGGGAAGAACGGGUCCAGGACUUCUUAGAAGCACUGAAGCAUAAGAGAGACUCCUUUUUUAAAGACUUAUGCAGCCAAGUCAGCCAUGCCUAGGAAGUCGCAGAAGGACACCCCCAUGUUGAAGUGCGUUUAGACUUCUCAUAAGGGCUCCUGUGGGAAACACAACAGUGAACAGUAACUGGAUAUGUGUUCAUCUUGUUGCUGAUUUGUACAAGAUGAGAGGGAAAUUACCUCUAUGGGGCGGCAGAGCAACUGUGAUUUUUACAAUUGUAGAUUUUUAAAAGAGAGACUCAUAUGUGCAAAUAUCUGUUCAAGAUGUAGUUCAAUGGUUGUGUAAACUGUGAGAAGCAUGCUGUUGAUUUGAACGUGAGAUUCAACAAGAUCAAGCAAGGAAUCCUGGAAAUGUUUCCAAAACGUUUCUCCAGAUGAAUAGAGAUUGUUACUGUUGUACUGUUAGUGUAUUUUUUUUUUGUUCAAGCCCAAAGGAAGUGUCAAGUAUUGAGUGAGGUAAUGAGUAUAACUACAUUUUGACAAGCAUAAUAAAACAGAAUAAAGUGAUUACUGUGUUUCAGAUGUAACAAUAAUGUAGGAAUCUGUCCUUUUGUUCUCUUAAGGUUAUGACUGUAUUUGAACAGUUGCACUUGGAUUCAUGUACUGCUGUAUAUUUGUUGACUUGCAAAUUAUUUUAUCAAACAGAAAGGUUUAACCCACAGAGCUACAAAUUAAAUAUGUAAUACUUC